UUGUAUCAGUGCAAUAAGUGGGCUGGCAUUUUCUCAGCAUGGGCUAGCACAAGAUUGGCAGCCAAUGGAGAAGCAUGACCUGGAAGACCCGCCUAACAUGUGAAGAGUGACGUUAGUUUCAGAGUACUUUUAAUUGGUCGUUCAGGCGUAUUUCAGAUGUUCAUGUGACCCGGAGAACGCAUGGUGCGCUGCAGUAAACGGCACAGGCCUAAAGCCCCUUUAUGCUUGUUUGGUGCAAAUGCUAACUCGUAUUAAACUCGGAAGCUGUUGGCAGCUGGGAAACAUCUCGGAUGAGAAUUCAAUGGAUAUUGACUGUAGACAGGGGAUAGCGAGCACUGAUAGCCCUGUAUGGUUGGGUCAUACCAUAUGCUAACGGGUGUCUGGAUUUCGUCCAUCAAAAUUGUAUAUGCCCGAAGCAAGGACUAGUAUUUAUAUUAUUUUAAUUAUGACGUUUAUAUAUAUAUUAAAGAACUCAAACUUUUACCGGUGACGUAAUGUGACGUCAUUACAAACAUGGCGGCCGACGAAAACACCAACAUUGAACGCGAUAAGGAAAACAUGAUUCUCCUUAACAAGGAAAAGCCAUACGCGUACAUUAAAAGGAGAACAAACCAAGCAAAUAUGAACAUGAAGAAUGAGGUUUGUGAAAGACGCAGCACCACGGAGUACUGCUCAGAGCUCCAGGGCUGGAUGUGGCAGUACUACAGCGGCGCUGUGGGCUGGCAGAGCUGGGUGUCUGUGUGUGCUGCCAUGCCUCACUACCACCCUCUACUACACCCCGGGACCACCACGCCACACAAUGAGUUCACCGGCUUCGAUGCACAGAACUGGUACAACAACCCAUUUGGUCUGCCGUUGUCCACCUACUCGCCGGGUCUCCCCAGCCCCGCCGUGCCGACCGGGCUGCAGGCCCAGGGCAGCAGCUCCCUCCCGGCGGCCACACUGACCCAGCAACAGACCCCGGACCAGCGGAACGCACUCAGACCAGGUCGAGAGUAUAUCAUUCCUUCGCCCUUUCAGAGGCUUGUUGCUGAAAUGGUGGAUUUCUUCAUAUUGUUCUUCAUAAAGGCGACCAUCAUCAUCAGCAUCAUGCACCUGAGUGGGAUGAAGGAUAUCUCCAAGUUUGCCAUGCACUUCAUAGUGGAGGAGAUAGAUGAGGACACCUCCAUGGAGGAGCUUCAGAAGAUGAUGCUUGUAGCCCUUGUCUACCGGGUAUUGGUGUGUUUUUACGAGAUUGCCUGUCUCUGGGGGGCGGGGGGGGCCACCCCGGGGAAACUCCUCCUGGGCCUCCAGGUGGUGAUGUGUGACUCUUCGGUCCUUGUACAGCCUCGCAGGGUCCUGGUGGUGCCGGCCACAGAGGUCUCCCUCUCUGCUUCCACCAUUAGAGCCCUGAACAAGAACUUCUCCAUCGCCUUCUUCUUCCCUGCGUUCAUCACGCUGCUGUUCUUCCAGCACAACAGAACUGUGUAUGACAUGGUGGCCGGCACUAUUGUGGUCAAGCGCACAGGAGCCAGAUGAUCCACAGACAGACCAACACAUUCAGUCGGACAGAUGCUGCGUGCUAUUUAAUACAACACUGACCGUGUGGCUCAGUUUUAUCCUACGUUACAAUGAUUUACUGCAUGAUACAUGACUCCGAUGUGCGACCAGGGUGUCUGAGAUGAAACAUCCAUGUUCUUCAAUGAGAUUUUGUCAUUUUUUCUGAAAAGAUACCUUUUGACAUGCUGCUGAUUUUUUUCCUACAUGCAACUGUGUCCAAUAAUUUAAUUUAAUAACAUGCACUGGUUCUAUUGUAUGACGUAUAAAUCUUAAGACGCAAAGCCUUCUAGAUAGUCACAAAACAAACUUCACAUUAUUCCAGUAGAAGGGUGUUUCUACUUUUGUUUUACUAUUGAAUGACAGGUCUGCAGUUUUGAAAUUCUUAAUUAGUACCUUGAAAUGUGUUCAAAUACAGACAGAAUCACUCUUUAAUAUGAUUACAUCACAUGCAUACAUUUAUACUGCCUUUAAUAUUAUAUGAUGUAUGGCUUUUUGUAAUAUUUGUAAUGACGCCACUAAACCUUCUCAGUCUGACCGUUGUCAUUAAGUAUGCAUGCCAUGUAAUACUUUAUUUGUAUGCCACUCAUAAAAAUAGCAUUUAUUUAAAAAUGUUAGCAAAUGUAGUGUAAAGGUUUUAUUUCAUUACUGUAACAACAGUAAAACCAUGUAUUCUAUUUAUUAUAGCAUCAAAAUGGUACUUGAUAUUUAGUACGUUUGGAUCCUCUUUGGUUUACCCACUGCCAAGCUCAUCUUGCUAUAUCUGAAAAUUAUUCUAUUUUUGAUCAAGUUGUGUUGUCAAAAAAAAGCAUAAUGUUUGUCUACAGUUUAAGAAGUAAUAUUGAUUAUACAUUUAAUGCAGAUCAUUUAACAUUUAUUUUUUAUUUAAAUAAAGAGAGAAUUGUCUUAUUGGAACUAAAUAACUUAACAUUGUUCGAUUUGAUAUUUUCCCCAUGUAUGGUGUAACGAGAUCGCUACACAAAACCUAUUGUCUAGCAUCGAAUGUAUGAUCUUUCAAAUGUCCGGGACACAUUUACAUCCCUUUAGUUUAUUUGCCCAUGAUUGUAAUCGUAAGUAGUCCCUCAGAAAUUAUUCUUGGCUUUGAAAUACUAGAACCCUUUGAUACACUGCAAUUCACCUGAGACCCACCAACUAAAUGGAUUUCAGGUGGUGUCUGGCGACAUCUAGUGGUGGGUGAUUAGGCAUAUUUAGUUGAUAAUUAUAUUUACGAGAUAUACACUUCUUAAGAGACGGUUGAGCAGAAGACUUUAAUAAUUUUAUCAAUGAUAAUUAGGCAGGCGCAUAUAAUUCCCAAAUACAGCCCUUGCAUCUCUUCCUCCGUCUACCUGUCCUCCAUUCAUUCGUUAUUCCAUCAUUUGAUUGAUUUGUAGGGGACAACCCCUUUAUUAAAAGAAAAUGGAGAGAAUAAAAUAACUGCUUUAUCUGAUCUUUAUUUUCAGUUUAAUCGUACCAUUAUCAGCAUUGUAUUUGUACCAGAGGGGAUAGUGGGACACUUGUCAGUCAAUCUGUGCUGCUUUGUAUUUGCUGUAGGUUUCAUAUUGUUCACUCAUUCAUUCCCUAUCUCUCCUUUCAUAUUAAAUCCCCAUCAAGUUCCUUUUUUCA